AUGCGCUAUUUUUGUGUUUUGUUUGCAGCAAUAUUAGUAUCAAACGUCUGUGGUACAAGGAGGGUACUGCCCAUAAAAAGAAAUACUCAGAACAAUACUUUAGGUUUACACAGAUCCAAUGCACAGAGAUCUACAACGACGAGACCAAAUAAUGCGUGCGUUUUCGAUAAACCUCCCACACCAAACUUCAAUGCACCUGGACGUAGGAUUAGUACAGCAAAAUGCUUAGAAUAUAUUAGGCAAAGAAGUGACAGAGCUGAGACAAAGAAAAAAAUGGAAGAAUCAGGCCAGGGUUACAAGAAUUACUACGUUUAUGGAGGAAGAAAUGCCUUAUCGGAAGAAUUUCCACACAUGGGUGCAGUAGGAUGGAAACCUCUAAAAGGAAAUUGGAUAUUUAAGUGUGGAUGCUCCCUCAUCAGUUCUAAGUUUACUCUAACAGCUGCCCAUUGUACCAAAUCAUCGCGCGACACAAGGUUACAAAGCUCUGUACCCGAAAUCGUGAGACUUGGUGUCAAAAAUAUUUUUAAUAGCGUAUAUGUCGAUGGACUUUCCCCACAAGACUCUAAAAUUUUAAGAAUAAUCGUCCAUCCUGCCUAUAGUUCGCCAACGAAAUAUUUUGAUAUUGCAUUAAUGGAGAUAUCAGAAGUGUUAACAUUCACAAAACACCUACAACCAGCGUGUCUCUGGACUAACUUUGAUAUUUCAAAACUCGGUACUUCAGCAACAUUAACAGGUUGGGGAGCGAUAGAUGCAGAAACAAAAACAUCUCCAAACCUUCAGGCAGCAGUAGUUGAUAUUAUAGAUUCAAAACAAUGUGAUGCUUUGCUAAAGCAUACACGUAAUCGACUUUGGGGUGGACUGGAGCACCAUCAGUUAUGUGGGGGGAAGAAGUCUGGUGGUGUAGAUUCGUGCCAGGGUGAUUCUGGCGGUCCUUUGCAAGUGAAAAUUGCUCUCCCAGAAAUUGGUGAAGGAACGAUGCAUUUUAUCAUAGGAGUGACAUCAUUCGGUACUGGGUGUGGGCUUCCUAACCAACCCGGGGUCUACACCAGGGUCUCCAGCUUCAUAGAUUGGAUUGAAAGCAUCGUUUGGAAAGAUAAC